UCCGGCUCCCCUGCCACGAUGGGCCACGGCCACAGGUCGCGGUCGUUCACGACUCUGUCCGAGGCGUGCGCGGCGGCGGUAAAGCCGGUGAGGAGGAGCGAGGGGGAGCGGAGGGGCGCCGAUUUCCUGAAGAAGGUCAGGAAGGUCAGCGCUGCGUCCAUCGACGGCAACAGCAGCGACGUCGACGAUGACGAUGACGAAUCGGACGUCUCGUCGUCGAUUUCCACCACGAGGAGGAACUGGGAUUUCACCGGCAGUAUAAGACCCGUCGGCCCCCGGAGACGCAGCAAUAGUAUUUCUCCAGGGAGAUCAGGCCCAAACCAGAGCGGCACCACGAAUGACCCACUGGAGUCGGUGAGAAGGAAAGCCGAGAAGGCAUUCAAGGUGCUCUCCAAGAGGAGCGCGCACGCCUCAAGCAAGACGCCCAGAGAGAGCUCCAGCGCGGCGGGGACACCGCGGAGCACCGGUGCGACGAGCGGGAUCCGGUGGUGCGAGGACAAUGUGCUGUGGAGCUCGCUCUCCUCGAGCUUAACGAGGCAUGGCAAGGAGGCAGUGAAGCAGAGAGACAUGGCGCUGCAGGCUGUGCUUGAUGGAUUGCUAGAGGCAUCCACCACCGAGAAGUUGAUAAAAUGCUUGAGUACAUACUCUGAACUGCAAUCUGACAAGGACGACGACCCAAAGGAGCUCAUCGACAGGUUCUUGCGCUUCUCCCAAGAACUGGACCAUGCCAUGUUCGUCGCUCAAUCACAGACCAGGCUUCGUCAAGCGAAGUCAGGUGGUUCCAAUUCGACCUCCUCGGCUUCGGCCAAGGCUGCCAUGAAGGCCGCGCUGGACAGGAAACAGUCCGCCAUCUCAUGGGUCAGAGCAGCCAUCGAAGCCGACCUCUCACCUCUCUCCAGCCAUACAAGAGCCACCUCUGAAUCCGCAAAGGCAUCGCCGUCCGAAUCAAAGCCUGUCACCCCACGGCUCUGCUGUUCCAAGACAAAGUGCAACUGUAACAGCAAGUCUUCCUCGAGGAAAACCGCCGACGCUUCUUCCCAAGGGAGCAAGCUGAGUGCCGCCAUGGACCUGGCCGUCGCGCUGCGGUCGGAAUGCAACCGGUGGUUCCUCAAGUACAUCGACAAGUUCCUGGACGACGUCGAGAACGAGGCCGGGUACACGACGACGUGCGAUUCGCAGGUCGCGGGGCUUCUGCAGCAGCUCAAGAGAGUGGACGACUGGCUCAACCAUGUCGUGCGGCAGGAGCGGAUGCUUCCGGGGCCGGGAGACAGAAGCAGCAGGGACUGCGUGUUUUCCGAGGAGGAGGAGAACGAUGCGUGCGAGAGGGUUCGGAGGAAGAUAUACGGGGCGCUCCUAAGGCAUGUCCAGUAUGCUGCGACAGCGCUAGAGAAUAUGAAUAGUGUAGUAACUGAAGAGGAGAAUUAGUUGCUAGUGGCAGUAACUAGGUAAUCUCUAGACAGAGACAGAAUGAACAAUUUCAGAAGUUAAUGUAAGUGGAUCGUCGUCACACAUCAAGUAACAUGAAUAAGUGUCUGUGACUGAGGGAGAUCGAGCCACAGAAAGAAUGGGCAUUCAAGGAGGUGUUCUGGAGGUUAUGGUAACCGACCGUCGAAAGUCA